GUUGGUCACACUGCAAGUGGCAUUUUCGCACACAAAUUUGAAAUUUUGUAUAUUGAUUUAAUCAUGCAGUUAAUUUCGACCUCCAAGAAGACCGUGCUCUCCGACUUUGCCGACUUGGAGACAAAGUCAAUAUAUGUACAUGAAAAUGGAGAGCCGACAGAUUUUCAAUUCAAUGCCCAGCGACGGGUCUUCGUCGAGGUGGAUAAGAUGGCGGGCUUGGCUGUGAUGCGCAUACGAGAGAAGGAGGAAAAAGCACCCGAGAUACAACGAGUCCGCAAAUUAACCAUCGAUAAUGCGUUUUGUGUUUGCUGUGCGAAGCAGACGUCUGAGGAGAUCGCCCUGGGCCAGUCCAGUGGCUGUGUGAAGCUAUACAACUAUCGCACCGCACAGCUAAUCCACAGAUUUCCAGCGGAUCAGCAGCGCAGCACUGUCAUCUAUGUGGACUACAAUUGCACGGACGAGUAUAUAGCAGCGGUGAAGGAGGGCGGCGCCAUCAAUAUAUUCGGCACCAAGACGAAGCAAAAGAUUAACACAUUCACCAUCGAUGAGCAGUCCACCUUGGCGCGCUUUCAUCCGAGCAAACGGUUUCAGCUCUCGAUUGCCUCAUACAAGGGCGCCGUCACUGUCUAUGAUUUCCAGAGCAAACGCAAGAUCUUUCAUGUGAGCGAUGCCCAUGAUGCGCCUUGCCGUGACGUUAGCAUGUGCACGGCCCAGCCCUCGCUGCUGGUCAGCGUUGGGUACGAUUGCAAGAUAAAUAUCUUUGAUAUUCGCCGCAAUCGGGCACAGCCCGCGUCUAGCCGGCUCACCUAUUCGCAUCCCUUGUCCACGGUGGCGCUCAGCGAGUGCGGCACCUACUUUUGUGCGGGAAAUCUCAAAGGUGAACUGAUUGCCUACGACAUACGGAACAGCAAGUCGCCGCUGGCCGUGCGUAGUGUCCACGAUGGUGCCGUGAGUCGGGUGGCCUUUGUGCCCACGCCCAUGGAGGAGCAGCAGAGCAUUAGUUUCUCCAGCGCUGGCAACGUGACCAGCGAAGCACCCAAAGUGGAACGCGUGCCCAGCGACGAGCUGCGCAAGUCUAUUGCCGCCAAUUUGCUGAGCACUCAGCAGCAGCUGAAUAGCAUCACCAGCCUGGGCUAUGGCACGGGAGGAUGUGGCAAUGCUCGCCCACAGCGGGACUCAUUCUGUGACUUUCUCGAUGCCCAGGGACCGCGGGUCGUCGAGCGCAUGUCCACGCGUCUGACCAUGCAUCGCGAUAGCUUCGACUGGGAGACGUUGGGCCGCAAGCCCAACGACAAUACGCAGCGACUGAGCAUAUGUCCAGCGGGUGGCUCUGGUCUCAGCUCUGUGGACAACUCGUGCAACAGCUCCAAUGCCGAGUCUUUGCAUCAAACAUUGAGCGGACCACUCAAGGAUCGCAGCAACAUUUCUGGCGAUGCGAAACUAAUGAAAAUCGCCGAGACCGAUGAGCACAGCGAAGUGCCAUCUGACAACUGCUCGUUGGCCAGUGCCAGCAGCACCACGGGCAGCGACAAGGAGAAUCCCCAAGUGAUGGAAGCCGAACUGAAACGCCGCCUGCGCAUGCUUUCGGCCAGCAGAAAUAGUACCCCACAUCAUGUCAACCUCACGCCACAGUCGUCGGGUACACAGCUGAAGCCGCAGCAAUUGCUGGCCAAGUCAUCCAGUGGCUUGUCCGCCCAAUCGGAUACGGAUGUGCGCAGGGAGAUGGGAGAGUUGCGCGAAUUGGUGGAGCAACGCUUCGGGCAUCUGGAGAAGGAGCUCAAGUAUGCGAGCGAGAAGAACAAGUGGCAAAUAAUUGGCCAGAUGUCCAACUACUGGAAUAGUCAGCUGGAGAACACACAAGAGAUUCGCGAUGGCCUGGCCCUGCUGCUGCAGGGCGAUCGUUUCAUGCACGAGUUUACGCGACUGCAGCACGAGAACCAGAUGCUCAAGGCACAAGUGCGGCACCUGCUGAGAGAAAGAGAAGAUGGCGACAAUGGCGGAUCCGCUGGCGAGUGAUGUGUCUUUUAUUAUGCAUUUUUAAAGCGUUUACAAUUAUUUUUACUAUUUUUACCAAGCUAUUUAAUGCUCAACUGUUUGUUACUGAUGAAUCUUUAAAAGAAUUUUGUAUACAGGA